AUUGUUGUAAAGAGUUCGUAACUCAUUCACCGAGCGUAAUUAUUGGUUCCAGUCCACCCUUCAAUGCACCUUCUUGGAUGAUGAUCUACAACUGUUGAAAGGCAAGUGAUUUGUGGCAUCAGCGAACGGAGCAUGGCUUUACUCGGCUUUCAUCUUACUGCGUCCGUAAUUGCAACUCUGUUCCUGCAUAGGGUGUUAGUGUAUAUGCCCGUUGUGAACUGGCUGCUGUCAGGUUUACUAGUUUGGACGGUGCCUGGCAAGGCAUACCUCAGUGAAUAUGUGCAACUUGCUGAGAAGACAUCUAACGGUACUGGGGCCAAGUCCAAAUCGCUGCGCAAGAAUGCGGCUGAGAAGCGCAAGAACCAGCAGCCUUCAUCCGCGGCGGAGAAGGACAUCGACUUGCCGAAGGAUCUUCCUCUGCCACUGCUGCCUGUGAAGCUGAAAUCUCAAGAUUCAGGUGUCUUGCUUUACUAUGAUGAGCUCUUCACCAUUCUCAACAUGGCGUUGGUUGCAGGUCUUGUGUUCCUAGCGUCCGAAGUGUUCCAGUCGCUCUAUCCGGCCAAGUGGCUGGCUGACGUGAACCUGACUGUCGUCUGGCUGUGCCUGGUGCUCGUGUACUGCCUGAAAAUGCUGACUCAGCUCACAUGGCUGGUUGUGAAGGCUAACCGCCUUCAGUCGGGCGAGCGUACCCUUAUCCUCCUGACGGGUGUCUGCUUCUUCCUUCUGGCCAUACUAACGAUGGUCUUGGAUGGCAGCUGGCUGGACCUGAAGCUGGAUCGUGGCCUAGCCCAGCUAGUCAGCGUUGUGAAGAAUGAUGGGAAAGUGCAGCAGAAGAGAGUCUCCAAUUUAUUCUACUUGUUGAAAGCGCUGGUGGCGAUCUCUGCUGCACUGUUCGCCUCAACUCUCGCCUUUCCUGCUCUGCGACUGGCACGUUCAUACUUGGGAGCGCUGAAGAGAAGCAGCCUGCUCGGCCGGCUUCUCUGCCAGGCGGUGUUUGUCAGUCCUCUGCUGCUGCUGUUGCUGUGGGUGCCGCCUCUGACAACCGGUGUCCUGUUUCCCGACGGUCAUGAUCCGCUGAUUCCCGGCCUGACACUGGCACAGUACGAGCACUUGCGUCUGUUGCUGGUUCUGCACUACUGUGCGAUGCGCCUGCUGAUGUCACGCUGGCACUUGCAGAUGUACCUAGACGGCGCGCAUCGGCACGUGGAGGCGCGCCGCCAGGCCACGACGCGCUUCACCGCGUCCAAGUUCGACACUGCGAUGCGCACGAUGAACAGCAGUCUGGCUGUCGUGGCCCUGCAGAUUGUCUGCCCCGUCAUUGUCUUGCUAACAUGCGUCGCCAUCUUGCACAGUGCUGGGAACUUCUCCUGGACUGGUGAAUAUCACGUUGCCCCGCCAGCAGCACCAAUCAAUCACACAGAGAGCACGGGCAACAGCUUCCGACUGGUGUCGAGAUUGCCGUCACUGAUCCAGCUGCUGGUACCGAUGGACUUCUUCGCUGCCGUUGUCUCAUUCUACACGGUGUGGACACUGAUAGCUAUCUCUGUCACCACCUUUCUCGGGUUUCUCUACGCCAACUUUGUAGAGAAGGACAUAAGUAGCAGCACACUGGUCAGGACUGGGGCGUGAUGUCGUCGCAGUGGCUGGCAGCCAGGACUGGGGCGUGAUGCCGUCGCAGUGCCUGGCAGCCAGGACUGGGGCGUGAUGCCGUCGCAGUGCCUGGCAUCAGCCUCAGCACGCUGUGAAGGUGUAUUACUCCUCUGCUGGACUACAUGCCUACUGUUGCCAGCUUGGCUGGUGUGGUGCGUAUACAAGCUUGCGAUUCCCUGUGCUGCAGUGCCAUGAAGAUGUUCUAUUGUGGGACGCUAUUGAGCCAAAUUUGAUACUGGAUGGCCGUGCCGGUGCAGGUGGAUGCCAAUGCGUGCAGUGCACCUCAACACACUGUCCAUCUCCUACUUCAACGACCAGCGCUUCAAAACGAGCGUGUUUUGCCACCCAAGGUAUGACCGAGUGACCGGGUUGCUACGUAUUGGCUGGCACACGUAAUGGAUCCACCACGUAUACUGUCACUGCCUCGAGCAAACUGGUGGUCAUCGAGGGUACAUUGUAAUUGUGUCAAUGUCAGUGUUUCGGCAGGUCGUAUGCUAGGCCUCAUACUUUGGCUUGAUUUGACUUGAUGGUGUCCGGUGCUGGAAGUCGCCGCCGCUCUCGCUUUUGCCGCAUCUUGUCAGGUAGGACGAUGCCCUGUGCUGACAGUCGCAUGUCUUGAGAGUGCUCGUGUGUGUGUGUGUGUGUGUGUGUGUGUGUUUGUGUGUGCGCAUGUGCACGUGUGUGCGUGCAUUUCAGUAUGCUUGCUGCCAAACGAAACACUCGCGGUUUUUUUCUUUCUUUUUAAAUUAUUCAGCCCGGAAUUACUUUAUAGUGGUUAGUUUUUGUGCAAGUCUCGAAGUGAUGCCGCUAGCGUGUCUUGUCUACUUUCCCUUUACCACAGUCUUGGAUACGUUCAGCUGCUCUUGCUCUGUGGGUGUGAUGGAUUUUUUCCCCCGGUAUGCUAUCUGUUAUCAGCCUAAGCUCUAAGAAUCUUGCUGCCACUGCGGCAGGUGGAAAAGAGUGUUUUAAAACAGCAUACCGGUAUGCCAAUAACAUCGUGCAGUGUCGAGUGGA